CACGACAACAACUAUCAUACCCUAAAUAAUCCAAAUGAUGGUCAGAUGGUGAUCAAGUCAUUCUUUUCAAACGGGAGGGAGAUACCAACGCAAUCAAGUUGGCCAUGAGAUGUUUGCUCGUUUUGUAACCUCUUGGUUUAGCUACGCAUCGUCGUGGAGGAACUCUUUGCAAGUAUUGCAAACAAACAGCCUUGGCGCACAUAGAGGACGUAAAAACCCCAACCUAUCUUACAAAAUGAGCUCCUCCUCUACUCAUAAUGCAACCGGGUUAUUCGGCGAACAAUCUCAUUCUCCCAUCGAUCUAACCUCAUCGCCACCGCAACCGACGCCUCCUGCACGAAUGUUUGGUAAAGACGUAACGAAUUCGAAUUCAUCGCUUUUACGUCAAUUAGACAAUGCCUAUACAACUACGCAAGUACGAACUCUUACAACUGCAUCCAAACCCAUACCGCCCGCCGAGCCAGUACGGAGGGUACUACCGUCUAUGCCGUCCAAAAAGCGUAACAAGAUCCUGCGAGAAUGGGAACGUACAAGUCUAGAAAAGCAUUUAGUAGCAUACUCAUUCAAGAGGCCUGCCGGAAGGGUUUGGGCAAUGCGUAAAAAACCCGAAGAGGUUGACGCAGAAAGAGCGGAGUUACAUUGGGCCGUUUUCAAAGGUCAAUCUACCAAUGCAAGAAUUGCCGUUUCACCCGUUCGUAUACCAACUCUACACUUUUGCAAAACGAUAGAAGAAUCCAAUGCAUGUUUGCCUAAGAUUGAAGCAGGCGAAAUGUUAUCUUUUGAUAUGGAAUGGGAAGUAGAUCCAAUAAAUCACAAAAGCAAGAAAACAAGCGUCGUUCAACUUGCAUCUGCAACGGAUAUUUAUGUUCUCCAUCUUGCCAUGAUGCCAUCAUUACCCGAGGGAUUGCUUAGAAUUUUGGCAGAUUUUACGAUCUUGAAAUGCGGAGUUGCCAUCAAGCAAGAUGCAGCAAAGUUCAGAAGAGACUUUGACAAAGAAGUGAAUGGUUGUUUGGAAUUAUCAGCGGUUGCCAAACACGCUGAUCCGAAAAGGUGGAAGAGCCACGUUGGUAUGAUUGCGUUACGCGAUCUGAGCAGGAUCUAUCUUAACAGAAAGCUAGACAAGAGCAUCGAAAUAAGAGCUGGGAAAUGGGAAAGUGCAAAUCUAGACGAUAGACAAUGCGAAUAUGCGGCCAACGAUGUUUACGUAGGUGUAGAGCUUAUUCACACCCUUGCUGGCAUGAUAGGCAAUCUGGAUCCAUUGAAGGAAGGAAAGGAUGUCUUCCAAACGACUGAGUUUGGAAAGUUCUUGGUCCAAGUUAACAGAGCUCCUGGACAAGAGAAAGGUUCUGUCUCUAAUAAAAAAGGAGAAAGUUCGAAGGAUGCGGGAGAUGCCAAGCCCAUCUCUUCGGAAUUAGAUGCCCUUUGGACGGAUGCCACCAGUUCUAAACUGCCCUUACCAAGCGGACUGGAAGAUGCCUGGGAUGAAGACUCCAAAAUCGAUCAGAUCGCAGAACAGGCCGAGAGCUCCUCUGAGCCAAGUCCGGAAACUCUUCAUUCAAGUUCACGCCCAAAACCCAGUCCGGCAGUGAAGAAUGGAUCAGCGAUAGCAAAUGAUCCAACCACAGAACAGACUUUGCCUGUGACAAAAAUUUCAACUGCAGAUGAAAGAGUACAUGCCAAGCGCAAGCUUCCUUCAGAGCAAUCCUCUCCCGACAACCGAGCGACGACAACGAAGCCAAGGUCUCCAAAGAAGGAUAGGGAGAGUACUUCGGAGGCAGCACUGCGUUAUUGGAAAAAGGGUUCAACGUUCGAAGAAAUUGCUGGCCUUCUUCGAAAGCCACCUUAUGCACUCAGUACGGUAGCAGGACAUGUUCUAAAAUCGUUAAGUGCCAAAAAUGUAUCUUUGAAGGGAAGUGAAAAGGCACGUUUACGGAUAGAAUUAAAACCCGAUAAGAUGUUCUAUGCACGAAAGACGUACAAGAUGUACCUAGUCAGACAAGACAUCAUAAUACACGGUACUAUACAAGUAACUAGGGAACCGAAACCUCCAAAAAAGAAGACGAAAGCGGAUAGAAGGCCAAGUGCGAGCAGCUCUUCUAGCGGAAGGAGUAGCAGUCUGUCGUUGUAGAGAUUGAACGCUGGAAAAAGCAGCCUUACAAGCAAAUCAGCAUCAUUAUUUUGUAUAACAUUGAUCAUAUUACCCAUCACUCUUUGUACUUUACUGCAUUUUGGAAAAGAUAAUUUUGUUGAAAGCGG